AUGAAGCUCGCGCAGCUGCUCGUGCUCGGGCUUAUUUUCGAGCUUCAAAAGGCACUGGUCGAACGCGAAGGCGAGGGCGCCAACUUUUACACGAUGCUCGGUGUGAAAGCUAAUGCGGCAGUGAGCGACAUCCGCAAAGCUCCCGAUAAAAAUACCGGUGUGUCUGGCGCAGCGAAGCGCUUUGAGCAGCUGGGCCUGAUCCACAAAAUUCUGCGCGACGAGCGGCGCGAUCGGUACAACUACUUUUUGACGAACGGGUUUCCCAAAUGGCGCGGAACUGGAUACUUUUACGAGCGGUUCCGUCCGGGUCUCGCGCUUGUAUUGGCCGUGCUCUUCGUAUUUUCGCUCGUCACACAGCAUCUGCUGCAGCGCAUGAUCUGGCGCACUGACAAGGCGCGUGUCGAUCGGCUUUAUCGCAGUGCGCUUGCUGCAGCACGCGGCGCAUGGUUCCAAACUCCCGAGCCCGACGCCAAGACGCCGAAAUCCAAGCAUGCCAAGCCGCCUGCGCAGAAAAAGGUGCGUGUGCCUUUGCGUGGGUACCCCGAUUUGUCGCCUGCACCGAGCAAUGCAGAGAUUGCGAGCGGCAAGGUCGACUGGGACGAUGAAGGACGCAAGGUGCGGCAGGCAAUGUCUGCGGUACACAAUGCACCCGACGGUGACGAGCUGCGCAUGGUCGAUGUGACUGUGUAUGCGGACAACUCGAUGACCGUACUCGAUACCGCCAACGAUGAGUGGAUCCCGCUGGAGCAGUUGGACCCUGCAUUUGCGCCGUCUUGGUCGACACUGUGGCCCGCACGCCUCCUGCGGUUUCUGUUUGGACGGGCGGCGCGGGAGCCUGUGCCAACAGAGGUUGCGCCCACCGCAACAGCAGAGACGCUCGGCACCGACGCAUCUGCGCAAGCGAGUGUGCCUUUCAAAAAGGCUGCCAAGCGUCGCGCACGCGGAUCGAAAAAUUAG